UGAAUGUUGAAGUAUUUCUUCAUCCAGGAGGAAAACUAGUCUGACUGUACAGGCAUCAAAAGAGCCUCUUGAGCUAACCGCAGAGCUGAAGGAGAAGCAGAAGAUUACAAUUGAGGAAAAAGAUGAUACCAUGGAUCCAUUUGAGGAAUUAAAAGAUAGGUUUCUACAUUUCAAGAAUCAAGUAUAUUUGGAGAAUCUGGAUCAUUAUCAAAAUCUCUCUGACAACCAAACACCAAAGUUCAUGGUGAUUGCAUGUGCAGACUCUAGGGUCUGUCCUUCCAGCAUUUUGGGAUUUCAACCAGGAGAAGCAUUUACCAUACGAAAUAUUGCGAAUUUGGUUCCCCCUUUUCAGCAUGGAGCUUCAGAAGUCAGUGCAGGACUUGAAUUUGCUGUGAACUCUCUUCAGGUGGCAAAUAUAUUAGUUGUUGGACAUAGUCGUUGUGGUGGUAUCAGGGCCCUCAUGAGUAUGAAAAGGGCUGAUAAAUCCAAAAGCUUUAUAAAAGAUUGGGUUUCUAUCGGGAAGACUGCAAGAUUAAGCACUGAAGCUGUUGCUGGAAACUUGAACUUUGAGUUGCAAUGCAAACACUGUGAGAAGGAAUCACUUAAUGCUUCACUGCUGAACCUGCUAACAUACCCAUGGAUCGAAGAAAGAGUGAACGAAGGAUCCCUCUCUCUUCACGGCGGAUACUAUGACUUCACCGAUUGCUCAUUCGAGAAAUGGACACUCGUCUACCGACAAGGUCUCGAAGGCGGCAGCAAAUACGCAAUUAAAAACCGGUCAUUCUGGUCUUGAAAUACUUUUCAUUCUUCGUUAUCUUCAUCCGUUUCACCUCAAUGUUCAUGUUGUAACUUUGUAAUCUUCAUGUAAUUUAGUUGUCUAUCCAUUCAUGUAAUUGGAUUGUUACUAUAUGUGUGAGAUAAACAUCUGCUGGAAGUGUAAUGCUGAACAAUAUUGUCUGUUUUUAAGCAGUGAUUAAUUGUAAUAAUAAGUUCAGUCCACAUAAUUA